AUGGCUCCGCGCUCUUAUUCCAAGACCUACAAGGUCCCUCGUCGACCAUACGAGUCGGCUCGUCUUGACUCCGAAUUGAAGAUGGUCGGCGAGUAUGGCUUGCGUAACAAGCGUGAGGUGUGGCGUGUCCAGCUCACCUUGUCUAAAAUUCGUCGUGCUGCUCGUGAGCUUCUCACUCUCGACGAAAAAGACCCCAAGCGCCUUUUCGAAGGUAACGCCUUGAUUCGACGUCUCGUUCGUGUUGGUGUGCUCGACGAGUCCCGCAUGAAGCUCGAUUACGUCUUGGCUCUCAAGGUUGAGGACUUCUUGGAACGCCGCCUCCAGACUUGCGUGUACAGACUUGGUCUUGCUAAGUCUAUCCAUCACGCUCGUGUUCUCAUCAGACAGAGACAUAUCCGUGUUGGAAAGCAAAUCGUCAACGUUCCAUCGUUCAUUGUUCGCCUCGACUCUCAGAAACACAUUGAUUUUGCCCUUACAUCUCCAUUCGGUGGUGGUCGUCCAGGCCGUGUUCGAAGAAAGAAGAUGAAGGCUGCUGAGAAGGGUGACGAGGAAGAGGAAGAAGAAGAAGAGUAG